GUUGACAAUUUUAGAUGAGAUUUAUUUGUUUUUUCUUUUUUUGUUUUUUCAGCUCAUCAAAAUCAACUGUCCUGGUUUGACAUGAACAAAGUAUCAAUCAUGUUUGCAUUUUUUUUUUUUUAAUGCUCCAAGUUUGAAAAGCAUAUAUGCGUUUAGGUUCAAUGGCUGGUGUUUUUCUUAGAUGUUUAGACAAUUAUUAGAUUGUGUAGAAUUUCUGGCAAUAAAAGCUAGGCAGUUGGAUCUAGAAAUUUAUAUUCAAGUUUUCUCUCUAAUUGGGUCUUGUUUUACUUAAAGUUGUUUGGUUAAGUUUGAUACAAAAAAUUGUUUGGAGAGAAUUCUGAGAAAUAAUUGUUAUAGAUAGAUGAUGUGCCUAAAGUGGGAACUGUAAACAUCAUAUGUAUGUAUGUGUGUGCCUUACAAAAAUGAUGGCCCAUAUCAAAUUGAAGAAAUGUCUGCAUUUGAUGGUAGAGGCUAUGGGUUGCUUUCAGAGUUCUUGGUCCAGCCCAAUUAUUUUAUGUAUAUAAAUUCAAAUUCAUAAUUAGGUGAAAAUGAAGCCAACAUAUUUAUCUAUAAAAAAAAAUGACCGGUAAUAUGUGGACAACUUCUUCUAUUUCUGCUUUACAUAGUGACCUGAAGUAUUUGAUUAAAAUAGUUUGAUUUUGCCGGAAUGUAAUUGUUUUUUUUUUUUUGGCUUUAAGAAAUUGGUGUUUCCAAUGCUAUCAUGUUCUCUAAAUCAGUUUCUGAAUUUUGAUUGCACAGGGAAUUUUUGGCCCUUAUUUUAAAAAUAAUAAUAUACUAAAAGUAGUAACUUUGUUUGCUUGUAAUAUUGGAAAAAGGCUCCACUUGGAAUAUUGAAAUAAGUUUUGUGGUUGGCUAUAAAUUAAAUGGAAAGGCAUGGAUUUUGAUCAUCAUUUUCCCAAAUCCGAGAAAGAAUUAAUUGGCAUAUUUGUUUCGUAGGAAUUAGUUGGCAUAUGCUUAGACAAGUUUGCCGCAUUAGCAUUUUACAUUUGAAAACAAAGGAAGAAAAAUACCAUGGGUGAUGGGUGACUAGUAUUUUGGACAAAAUGUAGUGCCAAAUUAACGUGAACAAAAUUUGAUUCCAAUUUAUUUUAUUUUAUUUUAUUUUUUUAUAAAUAUAUGCAAUAUGUAAUAGGUUUUUUAUAUAUUCCACCUAAUAGUAUAAUAAAAAUCUAUAAAACCUUAAAUCUUAAACCCAAUAAAGUCUACUAUAUUUUGUAAAUCCUGGUGGCAUUUAACUCCCUUCUUUAUACGAUUUUCUCAAUGGAGAUUCAAGCCAUGGAGGGAUGCUAGAAAUCUAUUAGUCCAUAUUAAGAAAAUAGAAGUUGUUAUCAAAUUGUACCCAAUUAAAAUCACUCUUAAGAAGUAGGAAAUAUGAGAGUUAAAGCCAAAAAGAAGAGCAGAUAGUGUUUUUGCUUUCGCUUAGAUAAAAGUGCACUUGAACUAGAUCAAUUGAUAAUAUCAUGAAGUUGAGACUUUGCUAUCUUCAAACAUCAUAUAGUUUGUUUAAAAACUUAAAUCCAUCUUUUAUUUUGACCUUCCAAAUAUAUAUAAUGUUUAUUGUGAAUGCUAAUAUAUAAAUAUAUUAUUUAUGGAAGAUUUUUGUUUGCUGUAUAUAUUCAAUUGUAUUGGCAAUAGCAGCUCAAUUUAUUGUAUGCAUUAUAAUUUUUUUAUUUGUUUUUUUUUUCUUUUUGUAGAGAUGGAUGGAAGAAAAUUAGUUGUGAUCCAAUCUUUUUGUUGGGGCUUUAUGUUUAUCUUCUUUAUGUACAUGUAUGUAGCGUGGCAAAGGAGAAAUGAAAGAGGUGUUAGGAAUAGAAUAACUAGGAAUACCGAAUUGCGUACAUCUUUUAUAGAUAGUUUGUUGGACAAUGAUGUCACUUGUAUUAGUCAAUUGAGGAUGGAUAGGAGAACAUUUGUUAUUUUAUGUCGGUUAUUACGCCAGGAUGGAUAUGUGAAAAGAGAUGGUACCGUUACAUUGGAAGAGCAAGUGUGCAUAUUUUUGCACAUAAUUGCUCAUCAUACAAAAAAUCGUACAAUUAUCAGUCGAUUCUAUAGAUCAGGGGAGACAAUUAGUAGAUAUUUCAAUUCAGUAUUGAAUGGGGUGUUGCGCUUACAUUCCAUUUUGUUGAGGCAUCCUGAACCUGUGUCGGAUAAUUGCUCGGAUGAUAGAUGGAAAAUGUUUAAGAAUUGUUUGGGAGCAUUAGAUGGAACUUAUAUUAAGGUGAAAGUACCUGAAAUCGAUAAGCCAAGAUAUCGAACAAGAAAGGGCGAGAUAGCAACAAAUGUCUUAGGUGUAUGUAACCCGAAUAUGGAAUUUAUAUUUGUAUUACCGGGUUGGGAAGGCUCCGCUUCAGAUUCCAGAGUACUUCGAGAUGCAAUAAGUAGGCCAAAUGGACUAAAAGUACCAACCGGUUGUUAUUACUUAGUGGAUGCUGGUUACACAAAUGGUGAAGGAUUUCUUGCACCAUAUAGGGGAACAAGAUAUCACCUUUCCGAAUGGAGAGAUGGUUGUGCACCCAUAAAUCAUCAAGAGUAUUUCAACAUGAAGCAUGCAUCAGCUAGGAAUAUCAUAGAAAGAUGCUUUGGGGUUCUUAAAAUGCGAUGGGCAAUUUUAAGAAGUCCAUCUUUCUACCCAAUUACAACACAAAUCAAAACCAUUACUGCAUGUUGUCUGAUACAUAAUCUGAUUAGAAGAGAAAUGAUACUCGAUCCUGGAGAAGUUGAAUAUGAUAGGAUGGAAAAUGUAGACAUUAAUGAAGAGGAGGACAUUAUAGGAUCAAUUGCUUCCUCAGAUCGAUGGACGAAUUGGAGAGAUGAGUUAGCUAAUCAAAUGUUUGCAAUGGAAGCUGGAGGUAGCAGCAAUGAUAAUAGGUGGGGUGAAUCUAGGCGUACAUGGAGUAGAGGUGAGGAAGAAGCUUUGCUGGUUCUUUUAGAUGAAGCUGUAGCUAGUGGGCAACGUUGUGACACGGGAGCAUUUAAACCUGGUACACUUAAUAUGAUUGAGCGGAAACUGGCUGAAAUGUGUCCUAACUCGGGAUUGCGAGCAACUCCACAUAUUGAAUCAAAGCUAAAAAAGUGGAAGAAGCAAUACGGCAUCAUAUACGACAUGCUGAACAAAAGUGGAUUUGGAUGGAAUGACACUCUUAAAUGUGUGGAGAUUGACAGUGACGAUGCUUGGAAAGCAUAUGUGCAGAGUAAUCCAAGUGCAAAAAGUUGGAGAGAUAAACCUUUUCCGAUAUAUGAGAGGCUUGCUAAUAUUUUUGGGAAAGAUCGGGCAACAGGACAUGGAGCACAAACUCCAAUUGAUUUAGUUAAUGAUAUAAAUAUGGAGCCUGACAAUGACCAAUUUGAUGAUGUGGGUUCUCCAAUGUCUAUAAAUCAAACACAUAGUCAACUGCCUACACAAUCCCAAUUAAGAGGUAAGAGGAAAGCUCAAUCGAAGGAUGUUGACAUCGUUAGCGGGUUAAACAAUGUAGCAGAUAAGUUUAUUGAUAAAUUGGCUACACAGUUAGACAAGUUGGAGAAGUCUGAUAUCAACUAUCCACAAUACUUAGCUAUGGAGCUUGACAGGUUAGGAUUCCCUAUUACUGACAAUCUCAAAAUCUCUAAGGCAAUGAGAUCGGAUCCAUCGAACGUUGAGGUUUUCAAGAUUAUUAAAACCGAUGCGCAGAAGAUUGAAUUUGCUCGUGGAUUUUUGGAUAACUAAAUUAGUAUUGUUGUGGAUUAUAUAUUUAUGGAUAUGUAUGAGAGGAUGACAACUAUGAACAUUUGGAAUUGAAACUUAUGGACAUAUAUUGUAACGUAUUGAAUGUUAGUUUCUAAUUAUGCAUGUACGGAUAAUUUUAUUAUUAUGUGUUAUGUUUUAGAAUAUUAACAUGCACUUUAUUGAUUUGGUUAGUUGUUA